AUGGCCGACGUCGACACCUGUGCUUUCCAUUUCAACAUCUCAACUCCCCCCUUCAAACGGAAACGACCGUCUGACCAUCUGGAGGACGACAGUCGCUUCUUUGCCCGCGACUCCAAACGACGAUCCACUUCGACACACUGUCUGCCCAUCCGCUUAUCGCCCUCCUCGCGACCACAUGUCUCGGUUCCUCCCGCUUCUUACUCCCUCUUCACUUCGAUAUACCAGCAACCUCCGACUCCGGUCGACACCUCGGAUGACGAUGAGAAUUCCGGUCAGCCAUUCAACGAGACCGGAGAUCAGUGGUCGGCCGCGAAGAACGACUCGCAGCUCGGCAACCACAAUAGCACGUCGUUAGAAAAGGCCCGAUUCGGCGAUCCCGUUGAUGUCGAUAUGGAUCUAGCCAUGGCUCCUCCCAUCGCGCAACCGAGGAUACGACGCGCUCGGUCCAACGAUAUUAUCCCUCCUGAACGCGACUCCAACUUUCUUUGUGCCAUGGACAGCUUUGCUCGGGAAAGAGUCCCAACACCCAUCAGCGGCCAUUUCGACAACCGCGUCAGUGAUCUGCCCAGCGUCCCGCGCCACCAGUUUCCACCACUACGCACGGCUCUCAGUCCGAUGAUCGAGCAGGAGUCGUGGAUCACUCGAGAUGGUCUGCCGAGCCCGGUGGAGGCCCAGGACAUGGACACCGCAAUGAUGAUGGAUCGGGAUGAACCAGCCACCCAAGUGCAUGUUCCCGCCGGGAAAUAUGGACUGGAUGGAAACACGAGUCCUUCGGGUCGAACAAGGACGGCGAGACUUCAUAUGGGAUAUCUCAAUGAUUGUGAGAAAUGCGUCCAGAAAGUGCCGGGCCACUACAGCCAUAUUAUAUGGACUUGA